UCAAUAAUGUCGAUUUGCCGGGGCAUGCUAUAAUUUUUCAGCGAAAAUAUUUACAAAUUCUCGAUAAUUUACGCAUGUUGUCUCUCAAUUCAACACGUACGCGUACUGUUCGGCGUUAAGAUGAGCAACCUGAAUGUUACAGAGGGCAGGGACCCUGCGAAGCGAAAAGUGCGACCGGUGGAGUCCCAGUUCCUGCUGGACAUAGACCUGGGUGAGGGGGAGAGCUCCGACGACUCGGACUUCCGCAUUGAAGACCACGCCGCUGAGGAGAGCGACGACUACUCCAUCAACAGUGAUGAUGAUGCCAAAAAGGGUGGAGAUAACAGUGACAGCUCCGAUGCAUCAGAGUCGGAGGAUGACGGGUUCAAGAAUUCCAACCAGCAUGGGGGAGAUCCUUCAGUCUCCGAGCUGCUGGAGAAAGCCAAGAACAAGGAUUUUAAAAUUCCAGCAGAGUAUGCCAACAUGAUGAUUUGUGCAGGCUGCCUUGGCUCACGCAGUGAUGACUUCAAUGAGAUAGUGGAGUGUGAUGGCUGCGGAGUUACUGUGCAUGAAGGUUGCUACGGAGUCUCAGACGUGACCAGUGAGUCAAGCACAGUGAGCGAUGCAUCAACUGAGCCAUGGUUCUGCGAGGCAUGCAAAGCAGGAGUCUCUGAGCCUAGUUGUGAACUGUGCCCUAACAAAGGUGGCAUAUUCAAGGAGACGGAAGUGGGUGCAUGGGUGCAUCUAGUAUGCGCUUUGUACGUGCCAGGUGUGGCGUUUUCAGAGGUGGAGCGUCUCUCCGGCGUGACUCUCUUCGAGAUGGCGUACUCUCGCUGGGGCGCCCGCGCGUGCGCACUGUGCGACGACGCCACGCUCGCGCGCACCGGCGUGGCCAUCGGCUGCGACGCGGGCCUGUGCAAGACGUACUUCCACGUCACCUGUGGCCAGCGUUGCGGCCUCCUCGCCGAGGCCCACUCCUCGGAAGCGGAACAAGCGGACCCGUUCUACGCGCACUGCCGCCUGCACUCGGACAAGACGCUGGUGGCGCGCCGCCGCCGCAGCCACCUGGCGCUGCGGGCGCGCACUGCACACAGAAAGCGAGAACUCCAGGAGAACCUGAGCAGCCAGGAGAAACUGCGCAUCCAACGCAAGCUGGUCAAGUACCGAAGGAAGUACCAGCAACACAAGGAACAUAGGAACCCGCCAUGGGUGCCGACACAGAAGAUGGCUCGCAUGUUGUUCAGCAGCGCCUCAGCCAUGAGGAAGUUCAAGAAGAAAGCCGAGGUGAUGGGCGUAGACACACACGCGCUGGAGUUUCAGGAUGCACAGAUGGCGGCCCUAAAAGACGUGUCCCGUCGCUGGCACAUCCCGCCCGCCUUCUCCGUGGAAUUCGUGGGCUACUACCUGGAACGCAACCACCGCGUGGCCGCCCUACGCGCCGCCCUGCGCUCCUGCACCCAGGACAAUGAUGCUUUACGCGCGGCCGAGGCGGCUAGCGGCGCGGACUAUGACGAGGCAUCCAAAGCGAACACGACCGCCCUAGCCGCAAUGACCGCGCUGCAAGAGUCCACCAUGAAGCUGUACGACGCACUGAGCGCGCUGCGCCCCGCGCCGCCGCCGCCGCUGCUGCAGCCGCCGGGGAAACGAGCCCUGGCGGUGCCGACGGCGGCUGCGCUCAAGAUGGGCGUCGGGUUCCCGCUGAGCGACAACCCCGACGCUACGCACGGGAAGGUGCUGUCUACUUCAUUACAAGCAUCCCCCUCCCAACUGACCCCAUCCGAUUCCGGCACAUGCUGCGUGUGCGCCCGCCCCGCCGCGCGCCGCCUGCUGGCCACCUGCGACUGCUGCCAGCGCCACUACCACCCGGCCUGUCUGCGCCCGCCCCUGCCGCGCCCGCCCAAGAAGACCAAGCUCUACGGAUGGCAAUGCUCAGAAUGCGACAAAACGUCCGACUCGGAACCGGAAGUGAUCGAGAAGAAGGGCCCGCGCCGCUCGCGCAUCCGGUACAGCAAAGAUGGCGCCAUCCUGCCCGCCUCCCCGCCCCCCGGCCCCGCCCCCGACAGCCUCUCCCCUAUCAAGGUCACCAUCAAACCCUUCGAGUUCACCGAAAACGACGCAGCAGAGAAAAAGAAAGACAAAAAACUCAAAAAGGCCAAACUUAAAGAGCAAACGUCAGCUGCCGAAAUGGAUUCGGCGGCAAAGAAACUCAAACGCAGUUUUACGUCCCCAACUCUUACUAAUACGCCGCUCAUGUCAAUAACUCCGAUUGUGGCUGAAAGCCCGAACGAUUCGCACAACGAAAACUCCAACACAUCAACAGCUGUCGCCACUAAAGCCGACACAAGCUUUUUAUCAACCAAUUCUUCGUUCUCCUCACUCAUAGGCGAAGCUAAAGAGAAAGAACGAGAUAGCAAGGCCAUAGAGACCUCUAUAGAGACAACGUUGGCUAAUUUAUCUUCGGAUAUAGCGACGUAUAAGGCGAAUAGGAAGCGAAGGAAGGAGAAGCAUAGGUCCCGGUAUUCCCCGGAUCUGCUAAGGUCGCCCACGAAAUCUCAUAAACACAAAAGGAAGAAGAAGGCACAUCCACAAUUGGAGAAUCCGGAUAUGCCGCAUCCAAGGAUUACUAUCAAGAUCAAGCCGAUCCCGAAACCGGCGGGCUCGACGGACACGCAGAUGUUCUACGUGCCCAGCGACAGCAACGACGCGCCGCCGCCGCCCGUCGUCAGGACCAUACCCAAGCAAGUGAUUGAAGAGAUCCAAAGAGAGCCAGAAGCGAUCGUCCCCAUCGAACCCUUGACUGCGGAUCAGAGCAGCGAGCGCGGUCGCUUGACAGCGGCGCGGGGGCGCGGGCGGGGCGGGGCGCGGGGGCCGCCGCGGGACCUGCCCGCGCUCACGCACUGCGACGUGUGCGCGCAGCCCGGCGCGCCCGCCAACCUCGUCAGAUGCGACGAGUGCUUCAAGCGCUACCACCUGUCGUGCCUGGAGCCGCCGCUCAGCAAGAACCCCAAGAAGCGCGGCUACUCGUGGCACUGCGCCGACUGCGAUCCCACGGACGUGGAAGAUAACAAUUGACAACAGACAAAGAGAGCGAAGAAACCUGUCAGCAUCGUCUCAAUGUAGUUGCCAGUCGAUUAUGUUAUAAAAAAA